AUGGCACCCGCAGCUGUCACCGAUGCCGGUUUUCCUUUUCUCUCGGGCAUCGAGGCAUACAACGAUGUGAGUGGAUCUUCUUCGUUGAAUGACGCCGAACUGUCUGCGACGAACAAGCUUGACCUCGACGCUAUCACCCCUCCUCAAACGGAUGAAUCACAGUCCUCGAGUCUUCCCCGAUUAGCCGACUCGGUUCUAAAAGCAGUAUCCACAGCCCAAUCCAUUCCUAGUGAAGAAUCGGCAAUUAAUAGCCAAUAUCUACCAGCCGGCAUCCUGCGAAGAUCAUCUACACAAUUCCCAGAGGCGGAGCUUCUCAAUUUGCAGAAACAUGGAUGGAUACAAACACGUUGGAAUGCAUAUGAAUCUCAUCCUGAGUGGUCGUUUGUUCAGGUCUAUGUGCUGCCUCACGAUGUGGCACGAAUUUCCAUUUCGCGCACGAGCAAUACGCUCAGAAAAGCGUUGAGGGUUGUCAUGACGAUGAUUGACAAAAGUCUGGCGGCUUGGAAUGGCGAUUUCGACACAACACUUGCCGAACAAGAUAAGAAUGCGGCCGACGACGAGUCCCUGUGGUACAUAUUCAACACCCUAGAGAACCCCAAUCCCACAAUAGACGACGUGAGGGAUACAGACGGCCGAUUAGCUAUGCAGGAAUUGAUGGCAAGCUCAAGAGAAGCAAGACCGGAGGUUCGAGAGACAUCUAGUGUGAUUGGACUCAAAACACCUCUACAUCCCUAUCAGUGCCGUUCGGCUGCCACUAUGAUUCAGCGGGAAGUACAGCCAAAACAAAUGUUGGAUCCACGGUUAGAGGUGUACAAGACGCCAUUGGGCCAAGAAUACUAUUAUGACAAGGAAGAGGGAACUCUCUUACGUGGUAAACGUAUCUAUGAAGAGGCAUGUGGUGGUAUUCUUGCAGAGACUAUGGGUUGUGGGAAAACAUUGAUUUGCUUAGCAGUCAUCCUGUCUACACGCGGUCAUUUCCCACGUAUCCCAACAGAGUAUCAGGAGACCAAGAAUCCAUUUCGCAACUCUGUAGGCUCCCUGAUGCAGAUGGCAGCUGCUACCGCCGGCCGGUUUUCUAUCCCAUGGCCUAGUCACUUUCGGCGUUUGCGGGAAAUGGGGGUCAACUACGCACGAUGUGAAGAGGAAUGUGAACGGCAUAGAGGUGAGUAUACAAUACCGCCACCUCCAUCAAGGUAUACAAGUCGCGGCGGAUGGAUGUCGCGUCCACCAGCAGUCCGUAUCCGGCUCAUUUCCGGCACACUAAUUAUUGUUCCGCCUAACCUUGUCGACCAUUGGCAAUCUGAAAUCGCCAUCCACACUGAAGGACUCAAUGUCCUUGUCUUGAGAAGUCGAAAUGACAAGACUCCUUCAGAAGAGGAGUUGUUAAAGUAUGAUAUCAUUUUGUUCGCCCGAACUCGAUUCGAGAAGGAAACCGGAGAGCCGGAGACUAGUCGUCAUGCUCCCUCGAUAUCUGCUGCAGAAUCCCCACUCAAGAAAUUUCACUGGCUUAGAAUCAUCGUUGACGAGGGUCAUAAUGUUGCUGGACACGGGUACAAAUCUAGCACCAUGCACAUGCUAGAUCAGCUGCAUGUCGAACGUAGAUGGGUUGUCUCGGGAACGCCGUCAAAUGGAUUGUACGGUGCAGAACUUAGUCUCGCUUCGCAUCAGAGACUGGCAAGCGAUACGAGUUCUGGAGAUGAUGUGCCAUCAUCAGUAUUGCAUUCUCGAAGAAAAACUGGUACAGCCAUUGAUGAAGAAUUGAAAGACGUGGACAACUUACGGCUGAUUGUUGUCGAAUUCCUGAAACAUAAGCCUUGGGCGAACUCCCGACAUGACGAUCCCGCUAACUGGACGAAAUACAUCAAACCGGUUGGUGAAGAUGGUAAACGAAGAAAAGCGACAUCGCUCCGUGCCGUACUUCAAGGCCUUGUGGUAAGACACCGCUUGGAUGUUAUCAAUGAAGAACUCCCGCUUCCACGACUACAUAAUAAAGUUGUUAGUCUUGAGCCGACAUUUUACGACAAAAUGUCCAUCAAUCUGUUUCUGUUCAAUCUUACCGUUAACGCAAUUACUUCCGAACGCAAGGACCAGGAUUAUAUGUUCCAAAGUCGAAACAGAAAGCAUCUCAGUUUGUUGAUUAAUCAUUUGCGCCAGGCGGGCUUCUGGUGGACAGGCCAUAAACCAAAAGAUAUUGAAUCUACAAUUGAGGUGGCAGAGAAGUACAUGACAAAUCAUAUUGAAAAGAUGCCGGCAGAUGAUAUUCAACUAUUAUCGGAGGGCCUAAAGAUUGCGCAUCGAGCACUUGCUAGUGAGAGCUUCAGCGCAUUUUGUCAUUCAGAUGAACUUGGCGUAUACGUGCAGGCUUUUCCAGGGCACGCUCGCGAGUACUGGUCACUUACAUCAAAUUCGGAUGAAGGGAAACCGCUAUUACUAGGGUUAUCCCAGGCACGGCUCGCACAGAAUUUCAUAACGUCACACCUCACUGCUGAAGAUCCUGCCGAGGGCCUUGCAGGAGCAGGUAUUAGUGCUCGUCGUGAGUUAAUGCAAAGAUCUGAGAAGAAGCCGGCAAGAAAUGAAUCGAACGUGGCGGACAAUCUUACACAUAAAAAUAAGCCGACGGAAAAUCGGUCCCCCAAAAAGACAUUCCUCAAGGGCGUUAGCAAGAAACUAUCGCUAGAUUCCCCGCUUUCACAGACGAAGCUGGUCGCAACGACAUCUGCAAAGCUUACGUAUUUGCUCGACCGGGUUCAGGAACUGCACAAAGAAGAAAAGAUCAUUAUCUUCUAUGAAAAUAACAACACAGCGUUCUGGAUUGCAGAAGGAUUAGAAUUGUUAGGCAUAGACUUCCGCAUCUAUGCCAACACCCUCAAAACGAGCCAAAAGGCGGCUUAUCUAUCACUAUUUGAGGAGUCCUCCAGCGUGCGAAUAUUACUCAUGGAUCUACGACAAGCAUCCCACGGUCUACACAUUGCCAGCGCAUCCCGCGUCUUCAUCGUGAAUCCCAUCUGGCGUCCAUACGUGGAAAGUCAAGCCAUCAAACGAGCCCACCGUAUUGGACAGACAAGACCUGUGUUUGUGGAAACCCUCGUCCUCAAGGAUACUCUCGAAGAAAAAAUGCUGCAUCGAAGACAGGAAAUGUCGAAUUCCGAAAUGCAACAUGCCGAAAAGGAUAUGCUUGAUGAUUCGGCGAUGAGUUCGAUUAUUCAACAUGAACGAUUCUAUGAAUUGCCAGAAUGCGACGAGCUUAUUGAACCUGCAUAUCUGCAGGAAGCAUGUGGAUUCUUUGACCGUCACGAACUACCUAUUCCUGAUGACUACGUGGAGCAACGACUACACUCACCGACAACGCCACCUAAAAAGCGAAAACUAUCCCUACUGGCUCCCGGAUCCUUUCCCAGCCCCCAAGUCGAGAUCGAUCUCGAGCCUAACCUUCUCACUCCAGUGAAGAAAAAGAAGAAAGUCUCAAAGUUCCAGAUUGUGACCGAGAAUGGGAUCGUGGUGACUCCGCCUAGAGGAGGAUUGUCAUCCAGAAUGUCUAGAUCUCCGCCGUCAGCGUCGAAUUAUCAAAGUCCGGCUGCGAGUCCGGGGGGUGUAGAUGAGUCGUUACCUGCUAUGCAUGGGUCUAGUUUAUUCGGAGGAGAUGUCUUUUGA